GCGCCGAGCCUGCGCCUACCGCCGCUGCAGGAUGCUGCGCUCCACUUCCACCGUCACCCUGCUCUCGGGCGGCGGCGCCAGGACGCCCGGGGCGCCCAGCAGGAGGGCAAAUGUCUGCAGACUACGGCUCACCGUACCUCCCGAGAGUCCAGUUUCUGAGCAAAGUGAAAAGAAGGUUGAAAGAAAAGAGCAACAUCCUGAUCCAAGCAAUGGAGAACCAACCAGGAAACUUCCGCAAGGGGUUGUUUACGGUGUGGUGCGAAGAUCAGAUCAAAAUCAGCAGAAAGAAAUGGUGGUGUAUGGGUGGUCCACCAAUCAGCUGAAAGAAGAGAUGAACUACAUCAAAGAUGUAAGAGCCACUCUGGAAAAAGUAAGGAAGCGAAUGUAUGGCGACUAUGAUGAAAUGAGACAGAAGAUUCAACAAAUCACCCAGGAACUGUCUGUUUCACAUGCCCAGCAGGACUAUCUGGAGAAUCACAUCCAAGCACAGUCGUCAGCCCUGGACAGUUUUAAUGCCAUGAACUCGGCUUUGGCGUCAGACUCUAUUGACCUACAGAAAACGCUUGUGGAUAUUACUUUGGAAAAUAGCGACAUUAAGGAUCAGAUCAGAAACUUGCAGCAGACAUAUGAAGCAUCCAUGGAAAAGCUGCGGGAAAAACAGAGGCAGCUGGAGGUAGCACAAGUUGAAAACCAGCUGCUGAAGAUGAAGGUAGAGUCCUCCCAAGAAGCCAAUGCUGAAGUGAUGAGAGAGAUGACCAAGAAGCUGUAUAGCCAGUACGAAGAAAAGCUGCAUGAAGAGCAGCAGAAGCACAGUGCUGAGAAAGAGGCUCUCCUGGAAGAAACCAAUAGUUUUCUGAAAGCAAUUGAAGAAGCCAAUAAAAAGAUGCAGGUGGCAGAGAUCAGCCUGGAAGAGAAAGACCAGAGAAUUGGGGAGCUGGACAGGCUGAUCGAGCGCAUGGAAAAGGAACGCCAUCAACUGCAACUACAACUCCUGGAGCAUGAAACAGAAAUGUCAGGGGAAAUAACUAAUUCUGACAAUGGAAGGUAUCAGCAGCUGGAGGAGGCAUCUUCCAGCCUCCGGGAACGGAUCAGACACCUAGACGACAUGGUGCAUUGCCAGCAGAAGAAAGUCAAGCAGAUGGUUGAGGAGAUUGAAUCAUUAAAGAAGAAGUUGCAACAGAAACAGCUCUUAAUAUUGCAGCUUUUAGAAAAGAUAUCUUUCUUAGAAGGAGAGAAUAAUGAACUACAAAGCAAGUUAGACUAUUUAACAGAAACUCAACCCAAGACUGAAGUAGAAACCAGAGAGAUUGGAGUGGGCUGUGAUCUUCUACCCAGCCAAACAGGUCGGGCCCGUGAAAUCGCCAUGCCUUCCAGGAACUAUGCCCCAUACGCACGAGUCCUGGAAUUAACCAUGAAGAAAACUCUGACUUAAGCAAUCAGAGAUGUGCAGUUUUUAAAGAUGGACAAAGGCCCUGGAACCCUGUGGCUUAAAGUCUGGAAAUGGUGACUGUUGCUUCUUCAUAUAUACAGGUUGAACCAGAAUGGAAAUUGCUGAGGUUCUGAUCCAUUUCUUAAAACAUGAAGGAAAGCGGAGGCAGAGGUGGAGGGCAGGAGGGAGGUUUCCGAGGUCAUAUUUCAGACACUCUGGCAGCCUGCCCUGUUGUACUGGGCCAUCGUUAGUUUUCCAUGUGGACACCGAAGUCCUGUCAGAAUUCCCUCACAAUUUAUUUUUUGUUUUACUAGACUUCAAUUGGGAGAGAAAAGGGCAUUCAUUUAAAAUUUUAUGCUAUUCACUCCAGGAUCAUUUGUUACUGUAUGAAAGCUUUGUUUACCCAUAAAAGUAUUAGAAGCAGUGUUUCUCUGGUACAGAGAAGCCUGUCCACAGGACCAGGGGCACCUGGGGGAACUUGACCCUGGGAGGGAAGGAUUCCCAGCACGCAGGUGCUGUCUCCUCUCGGAGCCGAGGAUGUGUAUAGGGUUGUGGGAACCACCAUUGGAGAUGGUCCUCAUGUGGGCAGACACGCUUCAUUCUGACAUGCUAAUCCCUCGGUUUAAUUUGUGCCUUAUGCCUUUAUGGAGCCAGCUGAAAUCACUGUAUUUAUUUGACCUGUGAUUUUUUUUCUUUCUUUCUCACAUUAACUGAAAAAGAAUGUUUUAUGUCAUGGAAAUUUAAUCAUUUCAUGUUUGUAGUAUUGAUUGGUGUAUUUGUUAAAUGAAUGAGUAAUUUGUUCAUGCAUGUUCUACUUUGAUAUAAUAACCUAUGUCACUUAUGUUUAAUAAAUGCCAUAUAUUUUGUUCUACU